AGGGGGAAGAGGGGUUUUCUCGCUCGCUCGCUAGGGUUUAGUAGCUUGGCGGCGGCGGCGGCGGUUAAGGUUUGGCCGGAGCGAGCCGAGGCGGGAUGGCGAAGGGGGACGACGCGCUGGCGCGGAAGCGCGGGAAGGUGCGGCGGAAGCGGAUGCGGAGCAGCGAGAACGCCGUGUCCACGCGGGUCGCCGCCAUCAUCGCCUCCAAGCGCCGCCGCAAGACCGGCAAGCGCCGCGGCUGCGAGGGCAUGUGCUUCUCCCUCCCGUCCCCCGAAGACCCCUUCAACGACCGCCACGGUAAGAAGAAGAAGGACGGCGCCAGCCCCAACCCCGACGCCGCCAUCAGCGACGACGAGCCCCCCAAGAAGAAGCUGAAGCCGCCGCCGAAGGAGAAGGCCGCCGCUGCUGCUGGCGGGGGGAGGGGCAGGCGGAAGAAUCCCGUGGCGCCGGAGCUGGAGGCGGGCGAGGAGAAGUACGACCGGCCGUCCAAGUUCCUGGUGGUGUGCCUCAACGCGAUCCGGGACGCGGCGGCGGCGGGCGUCGACGGGGACCUCGUCCACGAGGACGCCUCAUGGGGCCUGGAGUUCUGGAAGUGCUGCUCGGCGUCGCCGCCGUCGGACGUUCUCCACGCCGGCGAGGGGUGCGCGCCCCCGGGGCUGGCGGCGUGGCUCAUCUCCGCCGCCUGCGACAUCGUUGCUAGGAAGGAGAAGCUCGGGGUGGUCGUCCCUUGCCCUUUCCUCCUAUACAUCGUCCCCUCCCAGGAAAGGGCCCUGGAAGUGCGCUUGAUUUGUAAACCGCUGAAGUCUCUUGGGAUCCAUUCAGUGAGCUUGCACCCUGGUGCUUCUGUUGAACACCAGAUAUCUGGACUAAAGAGUUGCGAGCCGGAGUUUCUUAUAUCUACCCCUGAGAGGCUACUUGAACUGGUUUCGCGCAAAGCAAUUGACAUAUCAAAUGUAUCGAUGAUGGCCAUAGACGGAUUAAAAACUUUCAUGGACCUUAAUAUCAGCGACAAACUUUAUUCUAUUAAAGGUGCCAUAUCGAGCGAUGCCCAGAUAACUAUCUUCAACGACACAUGUGACCAAAGUGCGGUGCCGGUGGUAAAAAGUCUACUGCGGGGAAGAAUUACGAAGCUCAGUGUCAAUGAUUGUUCUCUGAAUCAUCGAAGUGCAUUUAUAGCACAACAUAUACACUUCUGUCCUUCAGAGGAGAAGAAGGCAACGCAGGUGAAGGAAAUUCUUGAGCACGUUUUGGACAGUAGUGCUAGUAAGACAGCAAAGGUUUUGCUAGUUGCUGCAGAUGAUCAUGAAGCACAGAAUCUUGCUUCAUCCCUUAAACUUCAAACUUGCGCAGUGAUAGAUGACACGCACCGCGGAACAUUUACCAUAUGCAGCAGCAAGGGUCUGAUCAAUGUCCUUGUGAAAGGCCAGGAUAGCCUCGCAAAGUCAGAUAUUGAGGAAUUUGAGAUUGUGGUGGUUUCGGACUUGCCUCGUUCGAUUGACGACUACAAGGAGAUCAUCUCGGGGAUGUCUCGCCAUGCUGUUUCAGGGGAGGUGCACGUCAUUUUCUCUAACGACGAUGCUGCUCUCGCAGACCCCUUGGCCGACGUCCUCUCAAAAUGCGGACAGAUGGUGCCCAAGUUUGUAAGAAAAUUGUGCGGUUAAUCGUGGUGACUCUGACGGCCGAGCCGUCAGUGGCUGCCAACAUUCUUCUCAUCACCAUGCAAUUUUGUCAGCCCUAGUGAUCAUUUAAUUAACUUUUUUUAUUGCAAAUGGGGGCGGCAAAGGGCCUCUUUGUAAGAACUGCUGUGCAUUUGACGUUCUGUCUUACCAGAGAGAAACAGUUGGCGGUGAGUUUGUUUCAACACGAAGUAUACAAAUCUCUUUUUGCGGUGA